AUGCCUUCACCUGUAUACCAGAUUCUCAGAUCACUCUCUUCUGCAGCUGAAGCGAUAAAAACAUCUCUAGACCUUGACAAGCGUUCCUUGGAGGGGCAAAACCACUGCCGGUUCUACACGUGUAAGAACUUCCCAACUCCGGAACAUUCUGGCUCUCCCACCCUGAAGGCCGGCAACAGUGAAACCCAGGCUGAAAAUCAUGUCCAGGACAGCAAUCCUGAAACCCAGGCUGAAUAUCCCAGUCCUCAGCCUGCAUACUCUGAAACACAGAUUGACUAUCUAGUCGUCCAAGCUGGAAAAACAGGAUCUGGCCUAGUUGACAUUCCGGUCCAAUACCAGCAAGUGUCUCUUCAGCCAAAUAUACCUGCAAAGCCACUAUAUAUUAUAAAACUAAUACCUUCACCAGACUGUCCACCAGGGUUACAAUAUUUAAGUCAGGUAAAUCAAAUCCUGAUUCAUCAGCAAAUUGAACUUACAGAAGUCAUUGUACAUAUUAAGACAAAUAACAAAUAUGAAAUCAAGAACAGCCUCGGACAGAAGAUUUACUUUGCAGUAGAGGAUACGGAUUGCUGUACCCGAUACUCCUGUGGGGCCUCUAGGCCUUUUACCAUGAGGAUUCUUGAUCUUCUAGGCCGCGAAGUCAUAACUCUGGAGAGACCACUAAGACUUAACUGCUGUUGUAUCCCCUGCUGCCUUCAGGAGAUAGAAAUCGAUGCUCCUCCUGGUGUACCAAUAGGAUAUGUUACUCAGAUAAGGCAUCCAUUUCUGCCAAAGUUUAGAAUUCAAAAUGAGGAUAGAAAGGAUGUACUAAAAAUUAUUGGUCCAUGUUGUAUGUGCAGCUGUUGUGGAGAUACUGAUUUUGAGAUUAAAGCUCUUGAUGGAAAAAAUGUGGUUGGCAAGAUUUCUAAGCAGUUUACUGGAAUUGUGAGAGAAAUAUUCACAAGCUACAGUAACUUUGACAUUCAGUUCUCUUCAGACAUUGAUGUGAAAAUGAAAGCUGUGAUACUUGGCGCAUGUUUCCUCAUAGACUUCAUGUUUUAUGAAAGAAAGAGAUGCGCUAAGUUUUUGGCACUAACACCUUUUUAG